AUGGCGACCAACAACAACAAUGCCGCCGCUAACUUGAAUGCUAACGCCACCGUUAACGCCAACGCCAACGCCAAUGCCAAUGCGAACACUAAUGCUACCGCCAACCCGACUAACAACAAGAAGGAAAGCGAUCCCGAGCCCGGCUUCGCCAUGUUCAUCGUAAUAGUCAUGGUUGCAUUGACUUUAGACGUCCCACACUUGGCUCCUCUUACAAGAGCAAUCGCUUUCAUGGAUUACGGGAUCGCAGCAGUAGCCGCAUACGCGUUGCUCUGUAUAUUCUUGCUGUGUUUUCCUCUCCCUCUGAUCAUACAGCUUCUCAAACACGGGAUCCUUUUCGUUCACCUCUGUUUGUCGCUCUCCGCCUCUGUCCUCGUCGUCGCUAUGUGGAUAUUGACGAUGAUCGUCGGUCACAACAACAAGGCGUUCUUCAUUGACGAAUGUCUCGCCCGCGUUGCCAAUAACGAGACCGCCUCGGGCUUUUGGAUAUCGUAUCAGGAUUCGUUCCUCAAACAAGGCCUCGUUAUGGUCGACAACUGCAACCACAAAUGGUCCGAUCCUCUUGGAGGCAAUAUCGCUGCGAUUAUAUUCAUACUGAUCGGAUUGGGACUUUACAUGCUGGUCGCUUUCGCUUACUGGGCUCAUAUGCACGUCAAAUAUACGGAAGCGAAAUCGGCGGCUGCAAAAAAAGCUACGACACGCCGCGCGGACGCCGCAUGGAACGCGGCAGCUGUUGAACUUUGA